CGCAGUGUUGUGAGCUAAUUCUCGACCUAACACAGCUAGGACAAAGAUGAAGCUCUUACUUUUAACUACCUUCAGCCUCUUUGUGUUUACAUCCUUUGACCAAGCGGAGUCGUCUUACUAUGAUAAGAUAGUUACCCACAGUCGAAUCCGGGCAAAAACUAAGGGACCAAAUGUGUGCGCCCUUCAGCAAGUGGUGGGAACUAAAAAGAAAUAUUUCAGCACUUGCAGAAACUGGUACCGAAAGUCCAUCUGUGGCAAAAAAGCAAUGGUCCUAUAUGAAUGCUGCCCAGGUUAUAUGAGCCUCGAUGGAACACAGGGGUGCCCAGCAGUUGCCCCUAUUGAUCAUGUCUACAGUACCUUGGAUAUUGUGGGUGCCACAACUACACAGGAGUAUUCAGAUAGAUCUAAUCUAAGAAAAGAGAUUGAAGGAAUUGGCUCAUUUACAUUCUUUGCACCGAGUAAUGAAGCCUGGACGAUCUUAGAUUCUGAAGUUCGCAAUGCACUGCUAAGCAAUGUGAACAUUGAACUCUUAAACGCCUUACAUUACCACAUGGUUAACAAACGGUUAAUGACUAAGGAUUUGAAGAAUGGAUUAACGCUGCAGUCAAUGCACGAUGACCAGACUCUCCUCAUCAAUCAUUACUCAAAUGGGGUUGUUACAGUCAACUGUGCUAGAAUACUUCUUGCAAACCAGAUUGCUACCAAUGGUGUUGUGCACGUGAUUGACCGAGUUAUCACAGCAGUUGGUUACACCAUAGAGGACUUCAUUGAGAAUGAUGAGGAGCUCUUAUCUCUCAGAGCUGCUACCACUGCCUCUGGGGUGCUGGCGAAACUUGGCAAGAAAGGACAUUACACUCUCUUUGCUCCGACCAAUGCUGCCUUUGACAAGCUUCCUCAAGAUGUCCUGCAACGCAUCCUAAGUGAUCCUGUGGCACUCAAAGCGUUGCUGAACUACCACAUCCUCGAAUCUGUCCAGUGCUCUGAGGCCAUAAUGUCGGGCUCAGCCUACACUACCUUGGAGGGAUCUAAUAUAGAGAUCGGUUGCGAUGGUGACAGUUUGACUAUAAAUGGAAAGAAGAUGGUCAAUCGCAAGGACAUUGUGACAACCAAUGGCGUGAUUCACUUAAUCGAUGAAGUCCUUAUUCCAGAUGCAGCUAUGCAAGUUCUGGAGCUGACCAGUGACAAACAGUCGACAUUUUAUGACUUAGUGAAGGAAACUGGAUUGUCGGAGGCUCUUCGUGCAGAUGGGGAAUACACACUGCUUGCCCCCAUGAAUGAUGCCUUCACUGAGAGCAUUAUGGCACUUGAUCAGCGAAUGCUCAAAGUGAUUCUGCAGAACCAUGUCCUGAAGCCGAAAGUGGCCCUCAGUGAGCUGUUUAAUGAACAAAAGCUGCAGACACUGGGGGGAAACUACCUCCGAGUCUUUGUCUAUCGCACUGCGGUGUGCAUUGAGAAUUCUUGCUUGAUCCGAGGCAGCAAAGAGGGAAGAAAUGGCAUUAUUCACACCAUCAGAAAGGUUGUUGACCCUGCCAAAAAAUCAAUGCUGGAAAUUCUGAGGGCGGACCCACGCUUUACCAUAUUCCUGUCUCUGAUGGAGUCUGCUGAUUUGUUGGAUCUACUCAUUGCUGAAGGAUCCUGGACUUUAUUUGUUCCAACAGAUGAUGUGUUUGAAAGUAUCUCUCCUGAUGAGAUGGAGCAGCUAAAAAGUAAUAAAAAUGCUCUCAGACACAUCCUCAUGUACCACCUUCUCAAAGGAGUUUUCAUUGGAGGAGGGAUUGAAUAUGGAGUCACAAACAUACUGAAAUCGUACCAGGGCAGCAGGGUGAUGGUAAAAUUGGUAAAUGAGACAUUGCUGGUGAAUGGUUUGAAGUCCAAGGAAUCUGACAUCAUGGCAAAUAACGGUGUCAUUCAUGUGGUCAACUCUUUACUCUAUCCUAAAGAUCUCCCUGUGGCAAAUGAGGUUCUGUACAGGUUUCUAACAAGAAUAUUGAAAUAUAUUGAAAUAAAGCACAUCCCAAGUUACACCUACAAGGAAAUCAGAAUACCCUAUAUCACAACUCACAUCACAAAAAUCACACGAGUUAUAACAAGUAAACCAGAAAUAAGAGUCUUCAGCGAUGGAGAGACAAUCACCAGGGUCAUUGAAGGCCAACCAUCUGAAUAUGCAUUUGAUACCGAUGCGGAGUCCCUGACCAAACUUAUUCGCGAAGGAGGAACACACUACACCAAGGUUACCAAGAUAAUUGAAGGUGACCCUAAAUUACUUGAAGAUGAAGAAAUCCAAAAACUCCUUCAAGGAGGAAGCAGCAGUUCAAAGUUCACCAAAAUUACCAUUGAUGGCAAUCCAGAUUUUGAAGAUGCGGAAGAAAUCACCAGGCGACUUAGAACACAACCUGGAAAAAGAGUUUCCUAUCGUCACAGAAGAGUACCAGUUGGAGCGAGGAAGGCAAGACAAACGACAAAGAACACCUCUCGAAGAAAAGUACUUGGAAAAAGGAAUUAAAACUUUUUCUACCUGAAAAUGCAGGACAUACAACUAAAUGAGAACAGUUGAAAUUAAUGAUGUGGCCUGACCUCCAGCAAGCCCAAAUUAACAGGAUGUCGGAUUUGCACAUGUCAUACCUACAAGCUCGUAUCAGUUUACAAUGAAUGUGGAACAGCAAAAGUCAGUGGUCAAAACAUUUUAACUAAACCAUUUUCCUACAUUUGUAUUCAGAAUUUAGUGUAUUUUAGGUUUGAUUCUGGAUGCUUUUCAUUGCUAGUAUUGAACGUCAAGUCAGGGAAUUGUAAAAUGUAGUCAUCUGCUUAAAAGCCAUUUAACAAUCACUUUUACCCAGUAACAGUAAAAACGCUUGAUCCACUGGGUUAAAAUAAAUAAAUGAAUGAAAUGCAUAUCCUUUGGUUUCCUUAGAGGUGUGACUAUCUAAGCAGCAUAAAUUUGCUGAGAAACAUAGCAAAUACAAAUGUGUUUUUUCCAAAUUAAACAGCUUUGCUUACAAAAAAAAUUAACUGUUUGUGUGUUUCCAUUUUCUGGAGGGAACUUGCUAAUGCAUGGAAAAUGGUGCCUUUGCAUGCUUAAAAAGAAAUGUAUUGCUGCCAGAACUCCAUCUAAUGAUAUGGGUGUACUUUUGGCCAUUUAUUUUGUAUUAAGAAAUAAAAAGCUUUCCAGUUCACAAGCACAAAUUUAGGUUGGUCCAAAAUAUGUUUUUGUAAAUUGGGUCAGUUGACUUUGAAAUGUUUUUUAUAACUUUUUUGAACCUUUAAAUGACUUACUAUUUCUGCUCUCGCAGGUUUGAGCUUUGCCUAAAAUGUUCUAAUGGCACUAUUUUGGGGGAAAGGACCCCACCUUAGCCUUGCCUGAAAUCUAUGGAAAGCAAUUUGCUUAACUUGGUGCUCUGUUUUUUUUGUAUUUCUUUUGAGAAACAAUUAUUCAUUAAAAGAUAUUUCCUCAGA